AUGCCCUAUGCUGAGAUCACCGUAAAUUUGGGCAAAGUGACUUUAGGAGAAGAGAACAGGAAGAAGAUGACCAGUAGUUGCUUGAAAAGACACGAGAACUGCAGUAUCAUCCAGGCUGUCUGUGCACUGCUGAAUUCUGGAGGAGGUGUGAUCAAAGCAGAGAUCGAUGACAAAAACUAUAGUUACCGAUGCCACGGCCUGGGGCAGGAUUUGGAAACUUCGUUUCAAAAGCUCCUUCCAUCAGGUUCACAGAAGUACCUUGACUGUAUGCAACAGAACCAUGACCUGCUGAUUUUUGUGAAGUCGUGGAGCCCAGAUGCCUCCAGCCUUCCACUGAAGAUUUGCAGCUUACGCUCCAACUUAUACCAGAGAGAUGUGACCUCUGCUAUCAACUUGAGUGCCAGCAGUGCCCUGGAGCGUCUCAAAGAGAAAGAGUCUAGAGCCCAAAAAGGUGCCCCCAGGGUGCAUUUCCAGGAAUGUGCCCUCAACAAAUCCAUUCAGGAAGAAGAAGAUAUUAAGGUGUGUGCCUCAGAAUUUUUUAAGAAAGAUAAACUCAAUUAUAAGGAGAAGCUUAACUUCACAGAGUCAACACACGUUGAGUUUAAAAGGUUCACCACCAAAAAGAUUGUCCCUCGGAUUAAAGAGACACUGGCUCAUUAUGUUUCUGCAUUUGCCAACACUCAAGGGGGAUACAUAAUUAUUGGGGUUGAUGAUAAGAGCAAAGAAGUGUUUGGAUGUAAGAAAGAAAAAAUGAACCCUGAAUCACUGAAAACAGAAAUAAAAAACUGCAUAGAAAAACUGCCCACAUACCACUUCUGUCGUGAAAAGCCCAGGGUGAAUUUCACAACCAAAAUUUUGAAGGUUUACCAAAAAGAAGCCCUGUAUGGUUAUGUCUGUGUGGUUCGAGUAGAGCCCUUCUGCUGUGCUGUGUUUGCAGAGGACCCGGAUUCCUGGAUCAUGAAGGACAAUAUUGUCAAAAGGCUGGGGGCUCAACAGUGGGUAGACAUGAUGCUGGAUAUUCAGCCAGAUCCUUCCAGUUUGCCCACUACCGAUUCCAGUGCUCACCGGAUUUCAUCAGCUUUGCCUGCACCAAGAAGGCCAGCGUAUCUCACAAAAGCCUUGGAAUGUAAGGAGACCCUGCAGCGCCAUUUGUUUCCAGUGACACAGGCAAACCUACAAUUUCAGCCAGAAUCCCUCUGUAAGAAGCUGUUCUCAGAUCAUCACGGACUGGAGGACUUACUGAAGGCACAGACACAUCCUUGUUCUCAUGGGAUUAUGGUAGUUUCUAGAAGCUGGGCUGGUGAUAUUGGUUUAACGAAAGAGCAGAAUGUCCUAUGUGAUGCUCUCCUGGUAGCAGUCAACAGCCCUCUGGUACUGUACACAAUCUUAACAGACCCGAGUUGGAAUGGAGGAUCUGACUAUAUGUACAACACUGCCCUUCAGUUAAAGCAGCAGCUCCAGGCUCUUGGCGGCUACUCAGGAAAAGUGUGCGUCAUUCCAAGGCAGAUAGACCUGACCAGCAGAGGGCCCAGACCUGAUCAGUCCCCAGUGUACUACCCCAGGUCCUACACGCUGUGUAGUAAAACAGAAGUGGAAAAUGUGCUACAAGCUCUUGUGGUGGUCUCACUGUGCUCCAGGUCGGUGCUGAGUGACAAGUUGGGCUGUGAGUUUUUCAAGCAGCGUAUAGAAGACCAAUGCAGCUUACUCUCCAAGAGCCUCCAGGAAACCCGGGAAUUGUUCAUCCAUUGCUUUCCGGGAAUCAGGAAGACAGCUCUAGCCAUAAAGAUCACGGAGAAAAUCAAGGACGCGUUCCACUGCAAACCAAAAGAGAUCCUCUAUGUUUGUGAAAAUGACUCCCUCAGGGAUUUUGUGAUCCAACAAGUAACUUGCCAAGUUGUGACCCAGAGGACCUUCAUGAGAGAAGAGUUCCCAAAGAUUAAACAUAUAGUAAUGGAUGAGACGGAGAAUUUCUGUAGGAGACACGGUGACUGGUACCUGAAGGCUAAGAGCAUCACCCAUCCAAAAGUGAAGGGGGCUGCAGGUGAAACCCUUCACCAUGGGAUCCUCUGGCUUUUUCUGGAUCCUUUCCAAAUCCAUCGUGCAGAUGUUAGUGGCCUUCCUGCUCCUUCUGCUCAGUUUCCUCGAAAAGUGAUCAUGAAUGAGAUCCACUGUGCCGUGGAAAUAGCAAACGUCAUGAAAGAAGAAAUGAAGAGACUCCAAGGAAACCCUCCCUCCAACAUAGCUCCAGACAUGCUGGCAAUGUUCCAAGAGGCUUCCUAUGAGGAAGCCAUGUGUUCCCAGGCUCUGCCUGGUAUGUGUGAGAUCAAGGCUAACCUGACACUAGAACAGAUAGCCCUCUGUGUGGCAGAAAAAUGCCACAGCCUGUUCCAUGAUGGCUAUCUGCCCAAAGACAUUGCAAUUCUGUACUGGAGAGGAGAAGACAGAGGGCGGUAUAAGGACAUGUUGCUCAGAGCAAUGGCUCAGAGGACAGCAGAGGUUUCAUUCAGCAGUGCUGCUGAUGUUUGUAGUGACGGCAUAAUUUUAGACAGCGUUCAGCAGUUUUCAGGCAUGGUCAGGAGCGUUGUGUUUGGGCUUAGUCCUGAAUGUGUGCAGUCCGACAGGGCUCAUCAACUCUGCUUUGCCUCAAGAGCCAUCAAUCGUCUCUACUUGCUGUAUGAAAGGAAGAUAGCCUUCUGAUGACUAUUGCAAAUAACACAGGAAGCUAUACAAGAGCAAUCUCUCCUUCCA